CAACCCAUUAGCACAGGAUCGCGCCUUCCGCAAACCCUGUCGCCCUGGGUGAGUAUCAGGGCUGACUGUUCUCCGGCAGCUGACCCGGCCAAGGACUUCCCUCAAGCCGGUGCGCAAGAGAGUUGGAACCAAUUCUGGGACAACUACGCUUCGGCCAUUUCUGCCUACUACGGGCAGGAUCGACUCGAGUUGGGCGACAUGAGUGCGGUAAACAUGAUGAAAGCGGGUGGCUGCCCGAUGCUGCAAGCCGUUCCGAAGGACCCAAUGACAGGGGAGAUCUGGUGUCUGGGCGGGGCCGAUAUCUUCGGUCCGCUCAGCUAUCUCUGCCCGGAAGCUCGGCAGUACCGGUACUUGACUGUAGGGUUUGAAGGGGCUUGGCACGUAGGAUGUAGGAUUCGAGAUUUCGGAUUUGCGGUGUCGAGUUCGUGGAAUGAAGAUUUUGUGGGUUGCGGUCCAGGAUCCGGGUCAAAACACUUAAUUACUCGCUACUCGCGGCCUCCUUUGUGUGUAAUCUGA